UGCCUCCCCGCCCGGGCAGGGUAUUGGCCGGAGCCGCUCGGGGAGGCGGGGCCUGUCCGGGAACCGCCCCCUGGGUCUCGGCAGCCGCGCGGAGCCGCCGCCGGGAGAGAGACGCGGAGCCGGAGCCAUGAACAUCCGGAACGCGCGGCCCGAGGACCUGACGAACAUGCAGCACUGCAACCUGCUCUGCCUGCCCGAGAACUACCAGAUGAAAUAUUACUUCUACCACGGGCUGUCCUGGCCGCAGCUCUCCUACAUCGCCGAGGACGAGAACGGCAAGAUCGUGGGCUACGUGCUGGCCAAGAUGGAAGAGGACCCCGACGACCUGCCCCACGGACACAUCACCUCCCUGGCCGUGAAACGCUCCCACCGGCGCCUGGGACUGGCGCAGAAGCUGAUGGACCAGGCGUCCCGCGCCAUGAUCGAGAACUUCAACGCCAAGUACGUCUCCCUGCACGUCCGCAAGAGUAACCGGGCGGCUCUUCACCUCUACUCCAACACCCUCAACUUCCAGAUCAGCGAGGUGGAACCCAAAUACUACGCGGACGGGGAGGACGCCUACGCCAUGAAACGGGACCUGACCCAGAUGGCAGACGAGCUGAGGCGGCAGCUGGAGCUGAAGGAGCGGACCCGGCAGCCGGCGCUGGAGCACAAGGCCAAUCAUGGAGGCGACUGCUGCCCGGGGGUGGCGGGGGGCCCCGAGGACAGUGGGGGGGACAGCAAGGACGUGAGCGAGGCCACGGAGAGCACCGACGUGAAGGACAGUUCCGAGGCCUCCGACUCGGCCUCCUAGGGCCCUGCCGUGGGCCCCGCCAGCCCAAUAAAGGUCGCUGCUGAGCCGUGGGGGGUGUGUGGUCUCUGCCCUCCCACCGGGGGCGGCGCCUGGCUCGGAACAGCCCCUGGGACCUGCCCUUGCAGCCCCCCCCCCCCCGGGGUGUGUCUGCUGGUGGGGUGAACACAGGGCGGGAGGUUUGGACACAGCCUGGCCCGUUCUUAGGUAAUGGAGUCACAGCCCAGCAGGGCUGGUCCCAAGCCCCCUGCCCCCCAUAACCACCACAGCCCCCUGUGGCUGCCCCCACCUGGCUGCCUGAGGAGGGGGCAGGCUCCAGGGUUGUUAGUCACUGGGCGUUGUUGGGUGUGGGCCCCCCCUCCCGGCCGCCACAUGGGGGUCACACUGUGAAAAGAAUUAGCAGCC